CUCUAACAGAACACUUUGAUGACAUGUUUUGAACAAGUCUUACCAUUGAAAUCAAAAUGUUCUGUAAUCAUGAUUGAUCAUAUUGCAGUAAUCACAAAGAACAGAACAAUAGCUUAAUAAGAAACAAAAAAAACAUGUCUUUUUGUUUAAAAUCCUCUGUUUCUCUGAUCUUGAUUUUCUUGUUUAUGAGCUUAAACUCGAUUUCUUCUGCAACAGAUCCAACUUAUCUCUACCACAUAUGUCCAAACACAACAACGUUCAGAAAAAACAGCACUUACUUAACCAAUCUCCGAACCGUUCUAUCAUCUCUCUCUUCUCCAAACGCAGAUUACGAAUCGCGUUUCGAUAACGCAACAGCUGGUGAUGAUAAUGACAACAACAACAGAGUCUACGGCGUUUUCCUCUGCCGCGGAGACGUCUCAGUCGCUACAUGUCAUGACUGUGUUGCGUUUGCGGCCAACGAGACGCUGCAUAGGUGUCCGAGAGAGAAAGAGGCAGUGAUCUGGUACGACGAGUGUAUGGUAAGAUACUCGAAUCAAAGCAUCGUAGGGAAGAUGAGAGUUAGCCCAGAAGUUGUUUUCUUCUGGAACACGCAAAACAUAACAGAGAAUCAAGUGAGCAGUUUCAACGAGUCUUUGGCUGCUUUGUUGAUCAAAGUUGCGGUGAAAGCCGCUUCGAGCUCGAGAAAGUUCGCUACAGAGAAAGCGAAUUUCACAGUUUUUCAAACUAUCUAUAGCCUUGUGCAGUGCACUCCGGAUUUGACGAAUCAAGAUUGUGAGAGCUGUUUGAGACAAGCUAUUAAUUGGUUGCCUGACUGUUGUGAUCGAAGAAUUGGCGGGAGAGUAAUCGUGGCUAGUUGUAGCUUUAGAUACGAGCUUUAUCCGUUUUACAAUGAAACUAUUACUGCGGCUGCAGGCGCUCCUCCUCCUUCAAUGUUGGCUGCACCACCACUGAAGUUUCCUUCAGAAAAAGGGAAAGGCAAGAACUCGAAGGUGACAGUAACCGCGGUUGCUGUACCGGUUUCUGUCUGCGUGUUACUUCUCGGUGCUGCGUGUUGUUUACUAGUAAGAAGAAGGAAGAAGCUUAGUGCUGAAACAGAGGAAUUAGAUGGGGAUAAUAUUACAUCAACAGAAACAUUGCAAUUCCAAUUUAGUGCAAUUGAGGCAGCUACUAAUAAGUUCUCAGAAAGUAACAAGCUUGGUCAUGGUGGAUUUGGUGAAGUUUACAAGGGCCAGCUUAUAACUGGUGAAACCGUAGCGAUAAAGAGACUAUCUCGAGGAUCGAUGCAAGGAGCUGAAGAAUUCAAGAACGAAGUUGAUGUGGUCGCGAAGCUACAACACAAGAAUCUUGCUAAACUCUUGGGAUAUUGCUUACAUGGAGAAGAGAAAAUACUUGUUUAUGAGUUUGUUCCUAACAAAAGCCUCGACUGUAUCAUUUUCGAUAAUGAAAAGAGAGGACUUUUGGAUUGGCAAAGAAGGUACAAGAUCAUUGAAGGGAUAGCACGAGGGAUGCUUUAUUUACAUCGAGAUUCUCGGCUUACGAUCAUUCACCGUGACCUUAAAGCAAGUAACAUACUCUUAGAUGCAGACAUGAAUCCAAAGAUCUCAGAUUUCGGUAUGGCGAGGAUCUUUGGUGUGGAUCAAACUCAAGCCAAUACUCAAAGAAUAGUUGGUACAUAUGGUUAUAUGUCUCCUGAGUAUGCAAUCCACGGGCAGUACUCGGUGAAAUCGGAUGUUUAUAGCUUUGGAGUCUUGGUUCUUGAACUUAUAACUGGCAAAAAGAACAGUUGCUUUUAUGGAGAAGAUGGUCUUGGAGAUUUAGUUGCCUACGUGUGGAAGCUAUGGGUGGAGAAUUCACCAUUGGAGCUAGUGGAUGAAGCAAUGAGAGGGAAUAUUCAGACAAGUGAAGUGAUCAGAUGCAUUCACAUUGCUCUGUUAUGUGUCCAAGAUGAUUCUUCAGAGAGACCCUCAAUGGAUAAGAUACUUGUGAUGAUGAACAGCUUCACUGUUACUUUACCAGUUCCAAAGAGAUCUGGUUUUCUUCUUCAAACCAUGAGAGACUCUAAAUAUCAACAGUCAGGAGCUUCUGCAUCUGAUCAGUCAGCAACAAGCAAGUCUUUGCCUCCGUCUGUUGACGAUUCUUCCAUUACUAUUGUUUAUCCUCGUUGACUUUUUUGUGUACUCACUGUUUGUAAAUAGAGUGUGUAGACCAAAAAUGUUGUGUUGAAAUUUGAAACUAUGUAAAACAACAGAUCAAGAAUUUAUUUAGUUA